AUGGCGACAGAAGCUGCCUUCACUUCCAGGCCCGAGACCUUGGCCAAGUACCUCAAGCUUGACCAGAAGGGCUCAAUUAUGGCCGAGUACAUCUGGAUCGACGCUGAUGGCGAGACCCGUUCCAAGUCGAGGUUUGAGAUGGCUCAUGCCUUCACUCUGACAUCUGUGUCGACGGUUGCAUCAACGGAAAAGCUGGGGCAGCGGGUCGUCUUGCUCUGGAUUCAUCCCCUACGGGAUGUCUCCGACUUCCGGCUGGGAAUAGCGGGCAAAAAGCUGUGGGCGGGUGAGCAAGCGGCAGCAGAUGCGGCGGCGACAUGCACUGGGGCUUGGCGGGGGUCAAAACACACACCACCUGCCCCUCCAGUGCGCAUUUCUGGUGGUGGGUGCUGCAGGGUUGAACGCCGCAGCUCGGGUAUUGGAGGUCUUGCGAGUUGCUGCCGCAUCAUCAGUCCCCUCCCCCUUUUGCCCGUCGGCGCGUCUUCGACUCUCAAGGAGAAGGAGUACACCCCCGAGGACCUUCCUAUGUGGAACUUUGACGGUUCCUCCACCAACCAGGCUCCCGGCGACAACUCUGAUGUCUACCUGAAGCCCGUUGCUGUCUUCCCCGACCCAUUCCGUGGAUCUCCCAACAUCCUCGUCCUCUCCGAAUGCUGGAACGCCGAUGGCACCCCCAACAAGUACAACUACAGACAUGAGUGCGCCAAGUUGAUGGAGGCUCACGCCGCUCACGAGCCCUGGUUCGGUCUCGAGCAGGAGUACACUCUGCUCGACCUCAGCAACCGCCCCUUCGGCUGGCCCGCUAACGGCUUCCCUGCUCCCCAGGGCCCCUACUACUGCGGUGUUGGUGCCGGCAAGGUCGUCCAGCGCGACAUCGUCGACGCCCACUACAAGGCCUGCCUGUACUCUGGCGUCAAGAUCUCUGGUACCAACGCCGAGGUCAUGCCCGCCCAGUGGGAGUUCCAGGUCGGUCCCUGCACCGGCAUUGAGAUGGGUGACCACCUCUGGCUGGCUCGCUUCCUCCUGGCCCGCAUUGCCGAGGAGUUCGGCGCCAAGGUCUCCGUUGAGCCCAAGCCCAUCCCCGGUGACUGGAACGGUGCCGGUCUCCACUCUAACUUCUCCUCUAAGGAGAUGCGUGUUGAGGGUGGCAUGAAGCACAUCGAGGCUGCCAUCAAGAAGCUUGAGGGUCGUCACAAGGAGCACAUUGCCGUCUACGGUGAGGGCAACGAGAAGCGUCUCACUGGCCGCCACGAGACCGGCUCCAUCGAUUCGUUCUCUUACGGAGUUGCCAACCGUGGUGCUUCUAUUCGUAUCCCCAGAGAGUGCGCCCAGAAGGGCUACGGCUACUUCGAGGAUCGCCGCCCCGCCUCAAAUGCCGACCCCUACAGAAUUACUGGUAUUCUGAUGGAGACUAUUUACGGUUCUGCCGAGUAA